AUGGACUCGAUCCGAGUGAUCUACAUGACGGUCCACGUGAUCGUCGCCUUGUUCGGCUGCUGUAUCAACGCCUCGUUGAUCUACCUGGCCAGGUUCCACUCACCUGGCAAGAUCAAGACCUACGCGACUCUCAUCAUGAACUUUGCCUUCACGGACUUUCUUUCCUGUGUCGCCGACAUCUUUACUCUACAGCGGUUUUGGAAAUAUUCCAUUUUUUUUUUUCGAAGAGUUUAAUAAAUUCAGAGCGAUCCCGAUAGACCGUACAGCCGUUAUUUUUCUUUCAAGCGGUCCUUGUCAGUUCAUCUCAAGAACCGCUUGUUUUAUAGCGUAAGGAAAGCUUUGAAAUUACCUUAAUCUUUCAAAUUUUCAGGUACAACUUCAUGCUCCACCUUCUAAUCCACUCACUGUUAUCCUUAUUGUUAUCCUUCUCCUAUCGGUACUAUGUCCUGUUCAAACCGUCGCCCAGAAAACGGACCGUUCUCGGGAUUUUGGCACUGAUGUAUAUUCCGUCGUUCACUCAUUUAGUAGGUUUUGAGGAUUUUCGAGAGCAAAGACCAAAAUAAUUUGUUACCACGGGGAAUUUUUCUUUUUCUUGUUAUUGUUUUUGCUUGAGAAAAUUUUGAAGUUUCGUUGAGUUCUAAGACCAAAAGGAUCAGAAAAUAUUAAUGAGAAAAAAACUUCAAAAACUGAAAGGGAAAAAAAGUUUUGGGCAUUCGUUCGUAGAGAUCUCAGUAAAAGACAUUGAGGGUUUCAAAAAUACUUAAAAAAUUGAUAAAUUUCGACAAUUUAGCUCUUUCGGAACGAAUUUGUUCAUUCAAGGGGGCAUUAAAGUGGCGCUAUAACUGCUUCAGUAGGAAUUUUUUUAUGUUUAGAAAGAAUAUCGAGAGCUUGAAACCACUAGGUGCAUCAAAGGAUAAAAAAUGCCGUUUGAAUCAUUUUUUCCCGGACUUUUUCGUCCCCACUUUUCUCCCCAGAGACGUUCCUUCUUUUCAGAUCAUAUCCUCUACAACCCAAGGAGGAGUCCAAGAGAUUCAAGACAUACUCUUCAGUCGUUUCCCCAACUUUGACACUGGGUGUCAGAUGGUCAGCGGCGUGACAGACAUGGCCAGUUUCGCCUCGACUUUUCAUGUCGCCGGCGUUUCUCUUCCGAUCUUCCCGAUCUACACGGCUAUUUUGAUUAUUCGACACAAAAUCAUCACAAGUCUUGGAUUGUUCAGCGCCAGUAUGAGCAACGACACGAAAAGCAUGCACAAACAGCUGUUGAAGGUUAAUUUUGAACUCUUAUUAAUCAGAAUUUGUGUUUUUUUAAAUUGUUCAAAAAAAUGUCACAGAUUCUUACGAGUUAAACGUAAUUUUUUUUAAAUUUUGUGUCGGUCCUUCAGUGUUGUUUUAAAUAACAUUAACUGAAAUUUGAAAAAACAAACGGUUUUUCAGUGGGUAACAAAAAUAAGAUGUCAAAGAAGUUGUUUUGAACGUAGACUGUCAAAAAAAGUAGAUAUUUUGGAUUUUUCUCCUGCGUCAAACUUGAAAGGAGCUCUGCAGCCUCGCGAUGUUAAGAAUAUUUCACAAUAUUCAGAUUUUUCCAGGCUCUUACCUACCAAUCCAUGAUCCCUGGCUUCUUCGUGAUCGGAGUUGUUUCCUUCACUUUGGAGCAGUUCAAUUUAGUUAGCCACCCUAUUUUGGGAUAUACGACUGUCACAGCUCUUAUUCUUAUCUCAGUACUAACCCCGAUGGCUUCCCUCGUUUUUGUGAAGCCGUAUAGAGAGAGAAUCAGGAUUUUCGUCGGAUUGAAGUCUUCUACAGUCGAACGUUUUUCCGUCGUUUUCGUGACCACCACUGCUUAG